AUGUCGACUGUCAUGGUUGGCGGUUGUUGUUGGAAUAGAAGACUCCGCCUUUUACAAGCGAAAGCUUCGUUUGUCCGAAAAUAUUCAUCGAUACGUCAUUAUAGCGGUCUUCAAACAUCCCAGGUUGGCUUAGAAUUUAUUGUUGGCGAUAAAGAUUUUGAACAAGGAAAAUUGAAGCUGCGCUGCGUGGCAACUAUAUCACAAGUCUAUUCCAGUGGAAGCGAAGAGCUGAUCAUUGGGGACAGAGGUCAAGCCUCAGGUUCUCAUCAUGCAGUUCCUUACGUGGUUCCAGGUCAAGAUGGUCCGAAAAUUGAAGGUACAAGUCCAAGGUAUGAAAUUGGGGACUUGGUAGAUGUUAACUGUACAUCGGCUCCUGCUCGCAGCGCAGCUCUUCUCAAAUGGUUUAUAAAUGACAAAGAGAUUCCCGCUAAUGAGACUACACCACAUCCACCGAUCAUCUAUACCGAAGAUUUAAAAGCCACAGUUUUGGGACUUCGAUUCCGCGUGCAGCAGAAUAUGUUCAAAAGCGAUGAAUUAAGGCUGAAAUGCACUGCUACUUUGUCUCGAGUAGUUAGUCUGAGUAGUGAUGUGACAGUUGUUGGAGGAAAUCAGCAGAAUUCCGGUUUUCAUGUUUCGGAAAAUACUGUUUCUGUAACAAAUCCAACUCCUCGCUGCUGUGUCGAAAGAACAUUGUGGAUUUCCAUUUUAUUAACAGUACUGGCAAUGUGGUAUCCAAACGAUCUCUGUUCUGGUUUGCUGAUGUCGUCCGUCUACUGACAAUCAAUGAGUCUAGUUGGAAUGACUUUGUGGACAACAUUUAUGAGCAGGUAGCUGAAAUUCUAAAGUCACUCUAUGAACUACGAUAUUUAAGCAAACUUCCUUGAAAGGACUACUAAUGGAAUGAAAUGAUGAAACCCCUUAUGGUUCGAGACUGAAAACUUGCAUUGAGGUUUAAUAUGCCUCAAAAUGCAUUUAAAACAAGAUAAUUUCAAUGAUUCAACAAAACUCGCUCCAAGAGGUCUUACUCAGACAUCACAGGCAGGAACUACGAUUAUAUGAGAGACCAUUUUGAAUGCAUCAACCACAGGCAGUUCAUGACGGCAGCAUUUACCUCCAAUGUAUUAUAAAUAAUAUUAUCGAAGUAUUUUAUAAUAGGGAAGAAAAGCUUAAAGUACUUUUUGAUCAAGCAUUAUAACGAACAAAGAAGAAUAUGAUAGACUAUGAUCGUGUAUUUGUUUUGUUUGGCAUAUAUAUCUCGCACAUUAUUGUCUUUGAGUUGGAAAUGCUUAAUACUUUAAAAUGUAACAUAUCAUUAGAAAGACGUAUUGACUUCAUCUGAAUUUGAGGACUCUGAAAUAUAAAAGUGUCUUUGAAGCAUUAAAAUAUACAAAUGCUGUAUAUGAAUACCCUGUACCACUAGAUAUGUAAUUAAUUUUCUUAGUAGUAAGCUCACGGCUUGAAUACAAAAAAGACAGAAAUUCUUUUCACAAAUGAAGAAGUUUACUAUUUACAUAAAAGAAUUAAUUCAGUUACUUUUCAUGUAUACUUCAUGUAUAUAACUAUUUGCAUUUUUGAACCAGUACUCAGGUUGUAGAGGAUUGUUAUAACAAAACUUAGAUUUAUAUCUCUCUUGUUUGCACGAAUCGUGGUAUGUGCACAUUUGUAAAUACGCACUGUUCACAUUUGAUGAGCCUAUUAAAUAUAAAUU